GCCGCCGUAUUUAGUUUUGUAUCACUCGACAUCAGUCGUAUACUUCUUUUAGUAACAUAGUCAUUACAUGUACAUGUACGUACAUGUAAUGGGACAUGGAAGACUUUCUCGAGUGUGUCGCUCGUUGUCAGUUCUGUCAGCGGCUAUGCCACACAUGUUCCAGGUACUCGACAGCGCGUCAAUCUGCAGGAGUUUACCCACACUGGGCCACAGUGUGUCCCAGCGCUCGCUCUGACAGCGGCGCCUCAUUACCCUCAGUGGUGGCGGUGAGGUUGAACGACAAUAAUUAUACAAUAGCUUCUGCGGAUACGCAUCAAAGAAGCCAAUCCGACAAUUUACCAUAUUCCCCCUUGGUGCCAGUUUGUUGACCCAGUAAGAAAUUAUCAUGAUUGUAUCAGUUUACGUGACAGAGAAUGGUGAUUGUAAGUUGAACUGAGCGUGCCUCCCAAGACCGCUGACUCAAAACGACCGACGGUUGUCAUCACCAAACGCAGCUUCCACCCGUCGCUCGCCGGCACUGCGGCGAGCCGCUUUGCCUUGCCUCUGGCGUCGAGACUAUGAAUGUGAUAGAGGGUUUGGCGAAAAGGUGGCAAGAUCACGGAGCUAGCGUCCGGCCGGGACAUUCUAAAUGCAGUAUAAAUUCCCGAGGUCUUGCCAAUCAGCGAAGAAAGUCAUCAGUCUACCUUGCAAUUGAAGUCGGCAAAAAUUACCUCAGCAGUCGCUCUCCGUAGACCUGCGCGGAAGUGUACUUUGAAAGCAGUGGAAUAGUAAAAGGAGGUACUCUACACACUCACACUGUCUUGCACUGAUCUGCAGCCUGGCAGGAUGGUGUUGGACAACCGUCAUGUUCUCAUUGGUCUGCUACUUGCACUGCUGGUUACACAAGGGAGCAGUCAACUUGAUAGCAGUGAUAAAGAUAAUUAUGUAGCUGGUACUGUACUGCCACUUGGAUAUGGUAGCGGAGGUCCUUUUCAACCUGAUAAAGAUAUUGUCUCAGACCUUGAUGCAACGCACCCACCUGACGCGGUUAUUACAUCGUCCUCAGCAACGCACCCACCUGAGGCGGUUAUUACAUCGUCCUCACCAACGGACCCACCUGAACCAGUUGUUACCUCGUCCUCAGCAACGGACCCACCUGACGCGGCUAUUACAUCUUCCUCAGCGACGGACCCACCUGAACCGGCUGUUACCUCGUCUUCAGCAACGGACCCACCUGAAGCGGUUGUUACCUCGUCCUCAACAACGGACCCACCUGAACCAGUUGAUUCCACCAAGUGCAAUGAGACAUUCCACUUUGAAAAUGGCAAAUAUUAUGUAAAAACUACCAGAGAGCCAUUCGAAUCUCCCGAUACUGUGGCCGUAUUCCAGUGCAAUUUAGGGUUUAACCUUAUUGGAUGGCAGGUAAUUCUGUGUGAUGAGACUCCGCCAGCUCAGUGGUAUAAAGCACCGCCAACUUGCCAACAAUAUGUGUGUCUAGUCCCGCCACACACAGAGAAUGGUUUUAUAAGACGGAUAGAAGGCCGCGGAUUCUACCCAGGAGGCACGGCACUAUACCAAUGUGACACAGGCUUUUGGCUAGAUGGACCAGACACUUUAACCUGCCGUAACGGGACGUUUGACUGGUUUCCUUCGCCACCGGUCUGCAGGCCCAUCACCUGCCCCAUACCACCUUCAAUUCGUAACGGUGCGGUAACUUGGACACCGGGGCUGAGAUUUGGAUCCAAGGCGACAUGGACGUGUGAUCAGCCUUAUAUCUUGGCUGGAAGCCUAAGUGCAGUGUGCGCAGGUGGUGGUGAAUGGACCACAGAUCGACCACCCACAUGUGAACCUAAGUGCUACGACACUGUGCCUAGGGAUUUCUAUGAGCGACCUCCAGCAACCUCCACAAGCAGCCCUGAACCCGGCUGUGGUCCGUCUGCAGCUGAUAUCAUUGUUAUUGUAGAUGAGUCAGACAGUAUGGUGUCUGUUCAAAAAGCCUGGUUUCAUGAAACCAUAAGAUACCUUGAAGAUUCUUUACGAAAACAUGGAAUUGGAGUCUACCCCGAUAUCCCCAACCAGUAUAGCUUGGUUGGCUUUGGCCGGUCCCAUUUCCCCAAUGACAGACAUCCUGUUGCCCGGCCGCGGGUAAUCCUGGAUUCUAGUGGAAACCGAGUGUAUGGAGUGGAUGGAUUUCAAGAAGCCUGCGCUGCAUUGCAGGCUUCUGGGUCACGAGAGGAUGGCUACAACUCCAUCAGGUUUGCCCUGGAGGAUAUUCCGGAGCUGCGUUUGCGCCAAGCUAGCGUUGCCCCAAUCGUCAUUCUGGUCACUGAUGAGGAUAGGGAUCGUCACAGGGAUGCUACUUCUCUGACAAGGAGCGGCUUGAAGCAAUUGAUCCGGAAAAGUGGAGCACAGUUGGAGUGUAUUGUGGACAACUCUUUCUUGCUGGAUGGCCGUGAAGGGUAUGGCAUGGAUGCUGGUGGUGUGGUUUACAGAAGCAGUCGCUUUGUGGGCCAGUUUGAGAAGGUACUCGUGACAGGUAGCCCUCGCCGUGUGACUGGCUAUCACCGUAGAAACGUCCGCCGGGACUACACUCAUGUGGCACUGGAGCUUGGUGGUGCUGCAUGGGACCUGAAGAAGCUACUGCUGGAUGAUGUCCCAGAUUAUGGAUCCGUUCAGGCGUUUGUGAACCGGACAGUGGAGAUGGUGGAGCACCGUGUUCACAAGUGCUGCACAUGCCGGUGUACAGCAGUAGAUCAUCUGGGCAGGGAGAGAGAGCCCAGCAGCAGUACACCAGCAUACCUGAGCUGCCAGGCUGCUGCAACAGCUGCAGACUGCAUUCAGGGACGCAUGCCCAAUGCCUUUCGAACACGGACCUGAAGUUAUUGGGUUGCAGCAAUUCCCAAGUAUAGCUCUCUCUCUCUCUCUCUCUCUCUCUCUCACACACACACACACACACACACACACACACACACACACACACACACACACACGCGUGCGCGCGCAUACGCAAGUAAGAGAGUAUAGUGUCCUACCCUGCUUGGACAUAAUCCCUCCUCAGAGACAGUCUCCUCUUGAAUUUAAAAGUCUAACAGUUUUCAUACAAAUACUCAACUUUUUCGUCUGCUAACUGAGCAAUACAAUUUUUUCUUCUGUUUUCUUUAUCAACUUAAUCCUCCCUACCUGAUCUCCCUUUGGUGCGUCCAUGGAGCUAUGAUUGUAGAAAAAACACACACAUACAUCUAUACACCCAAUGCUGUAGAUAGCAAGCUGUUUUGGCCAUAACGGCCUCAUCAGUACCACAGCUCUAUCUCUUUGUCUGUCAAAUCCUAUAUACAUGUACAGGAUUUUUUUAUAGGAUUUUUCCCAAUUUUUGGGAAAGGGUAGAUCAUACCUUACAAAGUAAAGUUCUUUCUUCAAAAACCUGUUGGAGUCUGCAUUCCGUGUUUAUCAGAGAUGAUGCCUGCCAAGUUUCACCAGCACAAGGGCUUUACUUUUUCUGUAACAGGCCUUCCCGUGCAAAGGUGUCCAGGUGGCCUCUUCAAAAAUUGGUUUUGUUCUUUCCAGUUUCCCCUGCCAAUAAAAACCAUAGUUGGCAAUAUCCAAGCCUAGGUAUAGCCCAUAUGGAGCUAAAAAAACAUUCUAUGCAUCUAUGGCUAAAGAAGAAGCACCUCCUAGGCUAGUACCCCGGGAGUAUUCCACUAUUAACAUGUGUACAUACUUGAACACAACUGAUUUAGUAAAUGCCCCGAACAUGUCGUGUCUUUAGUUCAUAUUGAUCUGCGAGCACUUUACAACACUACUUCAAUGCUACGAUGGUGCUAAUAUUCAUCUAUUUCACUCCUAGUCUAUUUCUACCACUUGUAAUUCUGUAAUAAUGCAAUUCAUCAGCAAUAAUUGCACACAGAUACCUUUCCUGGGGUCUUAGCCAGUGAGUAACCUCUAUUCAUGCAUUUUAAAUACAGAGAGGCAUUGUGGGAAAGAUCAAAAUGCAUCUUCAAUAACAUUGCUUCCACUUCGACCAUUUUCGAGGCUGCAAAUGCGUCUUGAAGUCUAAUCCUAUAUGGGAUUAACUGGUGACAGACAAAAAGAUAACCUUGGUGAUUCAAUUCCUGAGCAAACUGUUCAGUCAAUACUAUUUUUUAUCUGCGAUAAUUUCGAAGCUACCAAAUGCAUCUACAUGUACAUCUAGUGCAUCUAAUGUAGCAGUCAUGACGUCAGUGUUGCUGCUGCUGCUGCUCUGCCACCACCGCUGCUGCAGUUGACAGUCACGGUGUCUGCUCGGCUGGUUGUAUUCUCGCCAUGGCCUGUACGUGACCCCAAAGAGAGUUGAGCUGUCCCAUUGCUGCUGCGGCUACUGCUGCUGUUGUUGUUGUGACAUUGUUAUAGCAGAGGCAUAGGCAUCAUGUCCUUGCCUCAUUGCCUGCCUCAUCCUCUUCGUGUGACCCCUCACAGUGGUGGGAUCAUGCUCCGCUAUGCUCUGUCUAUUUGCUUCAGGACAUGCACCACCCAUGUUUGAGCAUUCCCAAGGAACCGGCAUCCCGUUUUACCAGAAGCAUGCCACUUGUGACUUCAACGAAAAAAUAAAGAGCCGCAUAACAACGU